AUGGAAGACGAAAAACCAAAGACUAAGGAGUCGUCAGUGCCGUUCUUGCGGCAGUGUUUUUUAACUGUCAGCGUUUGUAUGAACGUAAUGGGCCAUGGAUGUGUGAUAGGCUUCUCCGCUAUCCUGAUACCCAGUCUACGGAAACCAGAGUCGCAUAUCAAGGCUACAGUUGCAGAAGAAUCAUGGAUAGCCUCAGUAAUCGGCUUUGCCCUCAUCGUUGGCAAUGUCAUUAUAACUUUGAUAUUGGGGACAAUUGGAAGAAAGAAGACUCAUAUUUUGAGCGCACUCCCCUUACUAAUUGGCUGGUUUAUUCUGGUCAUAGUUAACAGCGUUAGCGGUCUCAUUUUCGCAAGACUGCUUCAAGGUGUAGCUAUGGGCAUGUUGGGACCUUUAUGUUCUAUCAUCAUAGCGGAAAUGACGGACCCCAUCAACCGUGGUGCUUUCCUGACUGGCGUGUCCUUAUCCCUGUCGAUAGGAGUCCUGGUCUCCCACACUUUAGGCACCUUUUAUACUUGGCAACAAUGCGCCUUGAUGUGUUCAUUUAUCACUUUCACCAGUUUGGUUAUGAUUCUUUAUACAAAGGAAUCGCCAUCUUGGUUGAUAGCGAAAGGACGCUACGAGGAAGCAGCUGAAGUAUUCUAUUAUAUGCGUGGUAAAGGAACUCGGCAAGAGGACGAGUUAGAUAAAAUGAUGACCGCUCAAAGGAUGAUAACGACGGUCAACAAUAAAGAUGAAAAUUUGCCUUUUACAAUAAAAGUGAGAAAUUACUUUAUAUAUUUGAGACAGUGCUUUAAGAAGCCCGAGUUUUACAAGCCAAUAAUAAUAAUGGUGGUGGUAUACUUCGUAUUCCAAUUGGCUGGACUGAAUGUGAUAAGUUCGUAUGCUAUGGACAUUAUAAGGCAAGUGGUGGGACCAGAAGCAAACGUAAGAGUGCUAAUGAUAGCGUUGGACGUAGAGAGAUUGAUCUGCAACAUAUUAGCGGUGUACGUGAUGAGGAACUACAACAGAAGAAUUGUAUUGUUCUCAAGUGGUACCAUAUGCGUUUUAUCGUACUUUGGCAAAGCGAUGUACGUUUAUGCCAAGCAGGAAGGUUAUAUUACAUCCGACAGUCAAGUGGUACCCAUUGCUUUGAUAGCUAUUUAUAUGUUCUCAUUAACUAUUGGUAUUUCAACAAUGCCAUUUGCAAUAUCUGGCGAAAUAUUCCCGUUAGAGUAUCGAGGCUUAGCUGGUGGAUUGAGUGUCUUAUCACUCUCAAUAAAUUUCUUCGUGGCUGUUAAAUGCUUCCCAGUUCUUACGGAAGCUGUGGGGUUGCCGAUGACGUACAUCAUAUACGGUGGAUUGGUGCUACUUUGUUUGGUGUUCCUGUUCUUUACGUUACCGGAAACAAAGGGUAAAACGUUACAAGAAAUAGAGGAUAACUUAAGAGGCGUCACACGUAGUGAUACAAAGGCAUCAGAGACGUUACACCAGUCAGAGGCACAAGUGGAAAAACAAACGCAAGAGAGUUCAUUGUCAUUAGAUGAGGAGCAAUUGGAGCCAUUAAACAAGGAAACACUACAACCAUGAACAGAAUAGAACAAUGCAGUUCAGUCAGAAAGGACUAGCCUAGUAUUUAAUCGAAUGUGGUAAUGUUGGAAUUAAGUGUAACAUUUAAAACGUUCAUAAUCCAGUCUUCAUUAACUGUCAAUUUUUAUAAAAUA